CCUUGUUCCUGUUCAGUUGUAGAUUACAUUCAGUUUGCUCUUGAGCCAUGGCGAGUGGUCUCGAGCGAGAAGUGCUACAUGACGUGGAUCGAAAAUCUAUGGCGAGAAGUGCGAUUGAAGAGCUUCGUGCCAUUGCGAAGCUGGGAGUGCCACUGGCAUUGUCGUCCGCUUCUGGCACGUUGAAUGGGUUGGUGUGCAGCGUACUGUUAGGUCGUUUGGAUACUUUGGCGCUGGCAGCUGUUUCGGUGAGUGGAAUCUGGACCUCCAUCACCGAUGUGCUCUUCUUCUCAGGGAUUGGGCAGCUGUCGAUGUUCUGCAGCCAAGCCUAUGGCGCUGGAAACUACGCCUUGGUGGGCACCUGGCUGCAAAUCUAUUUGGUCUUUGUGACUGCGGCUGGAACUCCUUUUAUGCUCCUGCGCUUUUUGACCAGCCCAGUUCUCCAAGCCUUUGGACUUCAUCACGAUGUUGCUGUCACUGCGGGAACUUACACUGUUUGGUCUCAAGUGGGCUUCCUUUUCGAUAUAUGGUAUGCAUCCAUCAAGGAGUAUUAUGCUUCUCAGCAGAUUACCUUGCCGGCAGCCAUCGUGGAUGGCGGCUUUGUUGUGGUGAACUUUCUGCUGAGCUACGCUGCGAUCUUCUCAUUCAGAGGUGGAAUCAUUGGUGCAGCACUGGCAUUUUCUGUUGGCAAGUUCCUUCGAACUGUCAUCUACAUACUCGUGUGUUGGAGACGAGGGUAUCACAAGCGAACUUGGCCGGGUUGGUCCUACAAGGAGAUCUUCGUUUGUGAGAGGUGGCGUCGUUUAUUAGCAAUGACCAUCCCGGCCGCCAUUGGAGGCUUUGCUGAGGAGUUGCAGUUCCAGGUUUGCACCUUGAUGGCCGGCGAACUCGGUCCGGCCGAAACGGCGGCCUUUGCCCUGGUGAUGAACAUCUUGGUCUUGGCCUUUCUAUUUGCCAUGGCCAUGGGGGAUAGCAUCGGGAUUCGUAUGGCCAACUGCUUGGGUGAGGGCCACGCAGCAAAGGCGGCCUUCACCGCGCGCUUGGGGGUCACUGUUGCUCAGCUGCUGUCAACUUGCAACAGGGACGACCCUGGUAUUGUACCUCGUAAAGCUUUGCAUGUUCACUAAUAGCUUUUUGUUACUACUAGUAAGGCACUUG